UUUGGUCUUGGUGAUAUGUUCACGACACAGAUUUACACAUAUGAGCAAAACCCAUCAUGCUCCUUAGCAAGCCCUAACUGUGGAUCGUUGUACCUAAGCUGUGAUCUUUCUCAAGGUAUCGCACAGUGUAUGCCAGCGGCGACGGAAGUAAGCAAUGCCGCUCCAGUGCAGCCACCACAAGCAGGUUUUGGAGACCAAAAUCCAUUUGGAGCCACUGGGCCGAAUCAGUUUGGACCAGCGCCAAAUACAGGGAUGGGGAUUGGAGGAGGCUUUGGACCGCCAAUGCCGAUGUUUGGUCGCCGGAAGCGACAAGCGGAUAGGAAGAAUAUCGCUCAGGCCAAGAAAGUAUUGCGGGAAAAUGCGAGGAACAUGGCUGUUCAAAAAGGAACCCACACCUGUACCGGUACCUGGCUAUCGUUUUCCAGUCAGAAUACUUUCGAAGUUGAUGGUGUCAGUGAUACCCGGAACUGGGUGUUUAUUCCGGUAAAAAUCAUCAGUAAGCGUUCACCGGAACAUAGGAAAUUUCAAGCUUUCCCUAUAUUUGACGGAAGAGCAUCCCGUGAUUAUGACAUAUAUGACCCUGAAGCUUACCCAGAAAUAAGUCCAUACUUUUCAGAGCAAGUCAUGCCAUUAUCGACUAUAUGCAAUUCACGCGCCACCGAUAGGACUGUUGGAAGAGUUCAUGUUAGGUCCAAUGGACUGAAUUACCAUGGUAACUACGAGGAAUACACUGUCGUAGAUCUUCGCCAAGCGUUCUCGGAAUCGUCGACCUACAUCGCCCUGAAGGAUCCGGAAGACGACAUGUCGGAGGUAAUACUGACGGCGUACGACUCGUGUGGGCGUCGUUGUAAACCCUACUGCCGAAGUAGCGACCCAAAACGCCCGGGCUAUCACAGCUGUUCCGGAGCCUUGAGGGUCACCAAAGGCACACCCUGGAUGUACGGCAAAAAUUACGGAGACGCAGUGCGCAUGUCAUGGAAUAUACAAAGUCUUACUGAUAUUCCAGAACUAAAAGCUGAUUAUUACUUCAUCCAGUUUUACUGUGACCACACCGACUGAUGCCUGUCCUACAAAAUCAUUCUCAGACCUGUCAAUUCCUGUUGGUAUCAUAGUUUUAGUGUUAGGCAAUGGAAGGAAUUCUGAGGAUAACAAGAUAAGAUUGAUUAGGUAUGAUAUAUAGAUAUCAUAUGUUAUUUAAUUUUCAAAUUAACCUACAAAUUAUCUUAUGAACGCUGAUUUCUUGUAAAACAAUAAUUUUUACACAUUAUGUAUAUUUCAAUUAAUAGAAAUCAUUAGGCCUAAUUUAACAUAGAUGCUUGACCUACAAAGAUUGAGCGGCGCUCUUGUGAAAUAUAAGCUGGAGUACUUGUAAACUG